ACCUAAUAGAAAGGGCAAGCCUAGUGGGUUUGUGAAAAAUAUCUAUAAAAGAUAUAUUUUUAUUUCUAAAUUUUACUACUACUACAUUUUACCAUCUCAAAGGAACGCUCAACUAUCUUAAAGCUGCAGUGCUGGUUCCACUGGGAUCUGUAAGAGUGGCCUCUCUGUGCAUGCAAAGCAGACAUGUCCAGAACAAGAAACAGUGAGGGGAAUGUGCUGAAGCGUGUGGCAAAACUGCCUCUCAUCAGCUCAGCGCUGCAGCAGGCCUCUUCCGUCUACAUGGGCGUGAAAGGUCGUUAUCCGCUGCUCGGGUUUGUGGGAGGGGUAGCAGAGCUGGGUGUCCGCAGCGCAUCCACAGCAGCUCUGGAACAAGCAGCACCUCUUCUACUGAACCUAGAAUCAGAAAUUGAGGCGGUGAACAGUUUUGCACUGGUGGGUUUGGAGCAACUUGAGAAGUUUUUCCCUAUCCUCCAACAGCCCACAGAUGAGGUGGUUGCUAAUUUAAAGGACGCUUUCUUCUCGAGGCUGGAUGGUGCGCAGUCUCGAGUAAACGAUGAGCUAGACAGGGCCGUGAACAGGUGGGAUGAAGUGGUAGAGCUCAGCUGGCGUCUCCUGGCGGAAGCUCAGGAUUCAGCACCGGGGCGCGUGAUCACCGCUGGCCUGGAUGAGCUCAUCACUCAGUCAGAGGCAGCAGUGGCGUACUAUCUACCUCUGCCACCCACGCUGCGUCAUGAGUGGGAGAGAAGAGUGCAAAGCUAUGAAGAUGAGGAUGAUGAUGAUGAAGAAGAAGAGCCUCGGAUGUGGACGCGGAUCCGUAGCCUGUUGUUUUGCCUGUACCUUCAGCUGUACCACAGACUGAUGAAACUGAGAGAAAGAGUGGACAUUGUUUUGCAGAUGCUGGGGACAGCUGCUGAAACGGUAGGCCUGGCCUAUGUACAGAAAUAA